CAAGCCUUUUUAGCUGGACGGGAGGUGUGGCAGGGCAGGCAGCCAAGGGGAAGGACAGGCAGCCAAAGGGCAGGGCAGGAAGCUGGCAGCCAGCCAGUUAGCUGGAAAGAGGGAAGCUGUGGUUGAUAACCCCAGUGCAACUAUCCCACACUGCACCUGUGGGAGCAUGGAGACUGGAACUGUCUUCCCGCAGCUUCCUGAGAGCCAGGCCAAGAGAGCCCCCGAGGGCGAUGGUGGGAACGGGAGUGUGGAUGGUGACACCGUGAGGAAACCCUUUGCAGGGUUGGUGAGCCACCUGCGGGCAUCCUGGCUCUUGGGGAAGACUCGGCCCAUGGAAUAACGUGUGGCCCAGCUAGAGGCUCUGGGACGCUUCCUGGAUGACAAGAAGCAGCGGAUCCUGGAUGCCACUGCCUCUGACUUGGGCAAGGCACCCUUUGAAACCGAAUUAUCCGAGAUCCUCCUGUGCAAGAACGAGCUCCGUGAGACCCUGAACAACCUGUCCCGCUGGAUGAAGGAUGAGAAGGCAAUGCAGCUGGACUCUGCCUUUAUCCGCAAGGACCCCUAUGGGGUGCUGCUCAUCAUAGCGCCCUGGAAUUACCCCAUCCAACUCUUCCUGGUGCCCCUCAUCGGGGCCAUCGCUGCUGGGAACUGUGUCAUUGUCAAACCCUCUGAGGUGUCCAAGAAGACAGAAAGACUCAUGGCAGAGGUGCUGCCCAGCUACUUGGAAAGGGACUGCUUUGCUGUGGUGACUGGUGGCGUGCAGGAGACCACCAGGCUGCUGGAGAACAAGUUUGACUAUAUCUUCACUGGAACCCCCCCGGUGGGGCGGAUCGUGUUGACAGCAGCUGCCAAGCACCUGACGCCGGUGACACUGGAGCUGGGGGGCAAGAACCCCUGCUACGUGUCUGACACCUGUGAUGUGACCAACGUGGCGCGGCGCGUGGCCUGGGGCCGCUUCUUCAACGCGGGGCAGACCUGCAUCGCGCCCGACUACCUGCUCUGCACCAUAGAGAUGCAGGAGAAGCUCAUCCCAGCCCUGCAAAAGGCCAUCAAUGAUUUCUACGGCCCCAACCCCCGAGAAUCCCCGGAUUUUGGCCGCAUUGUGAGUGACAAGCAGUUCCAGCGGGUGCAGAGGCUGCUGGGCAGCGGGCGCGUGGCCAUCGGGGGACAGACGGAUGAGGCCGAGCGCUACAUCGCUCCCACGGUGCUGGUGGACGUGCAGCCCUCAGAUCCCAUCAUGCAGGAGGAGGUCUUUGGGCCCGUCCUGCCCAUCAUCGUCAUUGCCAAUGUGGAUGAAUCCAUUGACUUCACCAACAGCCAGGAGCAGCCCUUGGCUGUCUAUGCCUUCUCCUCGGAUGACAAGGUGGUGAACCAGGUCCUGGAGCGGAUGAGCAGUGGUGGCUUCUGUGGCAACGACACCCUGAUGCAUGUGACACUGCCCUCACUGCCCUUUGGAGGCAUUGGGAUCAGCAGCCUGGGAACGCACCACGGGAAGUUCAGCUUUGACACCUUCUCCCACCCCCGUGGGUGCCUGAAGUGCGGGAUGGGCUGGGAAUCCCUCAACGCCCCGCACUACCCCCCGUACAGCCAGAGGAAAUUUGGGCUCGUCCAGGCCACUUCCAAGGUGGCACUUAAGAGUGACUGUACCCUGCUCUGAGGGUCUCCACAUCCCACUCGGAGUCUGCCCACUCAGGACAUCUCUUGCUGCUGGUCCUGGUGCUCAGGUGCAAUGAAAGAUGUUUCUCAA